AUGUCCCAUGAUUUUGAAGGUGAUGAUGCUUUCUUGACUGGGUCUUCUGGGCUGGGUGGGAUCUACGUGGCCACAGUCUGGGCCACCGCCGGCCUAGAGGCUAGGCAGAUAGAUGCCUGCCCCAAGUUGCAUGAGUCAUGCCCCUUCGCCUCCUUUGCUCUCCUCCUGGUGCUGGUCCCUGCCCUCUUCUUCCACACAGAGCCAGGCUGGGGAGAGGGACCCACCCUCUGGCGCGCCUGGCUGCCUGGCACAGGCUCCUGGCCCCAGUGCGCUCAUAGUCUCCCACUCGGCUCCAACUUGCAGGCGUCCACGGUCAGCCAGCCUCCGAGGGUGGCAGGAUGCACCCGAGGGGCGCGGAAGGUGCGGGGCUCAGGGGCCGGCAGCCUGGGUGGCUCUGGCUGUGCAGCCGGGAGCGAGGAGAGUGCCCCAGCCACCGCCGCUCUGCCAGAAUCUCUGCCUACAAAGCAGUUUCCCACCUCCGACUCCUCCCCACGGCGAACAGCCCUUCUGGAUCCAACCAACCCACCAACCCCAAUAGGUCCCAGCACCCAGAGGGUCCACAAUCCAGAGAAGGAGCUACAAGCCCUGUACUCUCAAGCCUCGAACCCCCAACUCCAACUGACCUCCCCUCUGCCAGAGCAAGAAGACCACAAGUACCCGCCGAGAGCGGACCUGGCUGGCUACACAAAGCCAGGCACCCGACCAGAGGGACCCUCGGGGAUGUCCUCCGCCCCCGGGGCGUCCCCGCCCAGCCCCGCCCGGCGCCCCGCGCUCACCAGCUCUCCUCCCCCUCCUCCUAGCCUGACGGACGCUCCAGGUCGUCCAGCAAGCCGCCCUCCCCCGCCGCCAGCAAAAAGGUGGCGUCCCGCAGCUCCUCGUUAUUCGUCCCCCUCGGGUCCACCCGGCCCCGCCGCCCGACUUUGCGCUGAGGCCCAAGGGGAAGCCCCAAGGGGACCCCGCGCCGUAGAAGGGAGUGGAGAAGCCGGCGAACCGCUGCCGGGCCGAUGGAUCCCGGCCCCAGCACAGAGCGAGCGGCUCCUCAGCUGUUCGUGCUGCUUCCCCAGCUUCUUCACCGGCUCCUGCAGCUUCCGCACCUCCUGGUCCGCGUUCACGUUGGAGUUAACGUCCUCCAUCCCGGCCCCGCUGCCUCCGCCGCCCGCGGCCCUCUCGCUCUCGCAGCAACAAGGAAAGAGCCGGAGGAAAGAGGCCUCCACGCCGCUCACUCCAGCCGAGGCCCCCGCAUAUAGCAGGGCCAGGCCCCGUCGCCAGGGUUCCCCCAGCGCGGGUUCCGAAGCGCCGCUGGCCACAGAUGAACCACCUCCUCAGCACCCGUCCGGGAUUCGGGGAGGCAGCGCCAAUUUCCGGUCUCUGCCGCCAUCUUCCCUCCGUCCCUCCGCCCACCGAGGGUCUGCCCUGUAGGUGACCUCAGAGCGUCGGGGGUGGGCGUGGCCCCGGCGGGCGCUAAGAAGACCUGGCGCAGAGAGGACCACCGAGCUUCCUACAGGGCGGGGCCAGGUGUGUGAGGGGCGGGGAUUACACCCGAAGGGGCGUGUCUGGACUGCUGGCAGAAGUGGAACGCGGCCUGACCUGCGAUGGAAAGCCCCUGCAGGCCCGGAGGCGAGCAGAAGGCAUGCCGCGAGCCGGGCUGAGGUGGUGAACACGGCCCUCGUUCACCCCGCCUAUUGGUCUGGGCGUGUGGGGUGUUCUCCACCCCCUUAUACGGCGUGUGGGACCCACGGGCCAGUCCCGCCCGGCUCCGGGCCGGAUCUCGAGUGGGCGCUCAAUGGGGUCCGGGGAGAGAUAGUUUACUUUGUUCAGCAAAUAUUUAACCGAUGCCUAUUUUAAUGGGAGAUUGUCUCCGCUGGCGGGAGCCUCAGAGGCCGCCUAUGUCCUGUAAGAAACCCGAAUUUCAGACAGUUAAGAGAGGUCUAAGGUCAAAAUAAUAAUCAUAAUUUCUUCCUACUGGCCAGAUACUAUGCUAAGCCCUUUUUUAUUUUAUUAUUAUUAUUUUUUGUCACCGAGGCUGGAGUGCAAUGGCCCGAUCUUGGCUCACUGCAACCUCCGCCUCCCGGUUUAAAGCGAUUCUCCUGCCUCAGCCUCCUGAGUAACUGGGAUUACAGGCGGGCGCCACCACGCCCCGCUGAUUUUUGUAUUUUACUAGAGACGGGGUUUCGCCAUUUUGGCCAGGCUGAUCUCGACGCUGACCUCAGGGUGAUCCGCUCACCUCAGCCACUUGAAGUGCUGGGAUUACUGGCAUCAGCCACCGCGCGCCCGGCCGUGCUAAUCACUGUGAAAGGCAUUAUCUCAUCGGUUAAAACAUAGUUUUCCUGACGUAAAAGUUUACAGCACACUGGCGCAGAAGAUGGAAAACCGCUGCUUGCCUUUCUCCGUUUAUUGACUCACAUUCUGCUCUUUGGAUCAUUUUCUUCGGAAAAAGUUUUCCGAAGUGUGUCUUGACUUUAAGUUGUGUAUUAAAAGUACUUGAACACGCUGA